AUGAGAUGCGCACGCAUCGCCGUAGACGCCGUUCGAGAAGGAGUUUUGAAGACAUUUUCGAUAAAAUUUAAGGUUUUACUUGAUCUUAUAAGGUAAGUUCAUUGAUUUUUAUUGCUGUUGGUUCUUGUCGAAACGGUGGUCGACGUGAUUUACCACAUUUUAUGGAGUUUAAGCACUUCAAAUUGGAUAAAUUUAUUGGCUUGUGACGUGUCACACUGCCUCCUGGUCUGCACAGAACGUGUUUUGUGCUUAUAAAUUCGCUGGUGUACGAUUACAGGACGUGUCCUGUCUUACUUGAGCAUAAGACGUGUCUUUGCUCUUUAUAUUUAUUAUAUAAUAAUCGUUCCUGACCAUAUUGUUUAGGUGAUGGAAAAUAGUAAAAAUACAAGUGUGCCAGUCAGGGAAUCCGGGGCGAUUAUCCCUUCGACUUCGGCCUCCCAGUUGAAAUCUAUGUUUAAAGAGUUACUUGAUGAAACUAAGAAGGAUAUUUUAUCACAAGUUACUGUCGUUCCAAUUGAAGUGUUGCUAAAAUAUUGAUUCAAUACAUUACCUCGGGCUGACCAAUUCAUUUGAUCAAGUUCCUCGAGAUAUUCAUACACUUCCUGUGAAAAUUGACCAAUCACAAUUCUUAUUUGAUUUAAAUAAAAAUCAACUGACCAAUGAGGGGCUUACAUUUAGAUAAACAACAUUUUUCAAAUUUAGAUAACGUCGAAAUUUGAAAAGUACAUUAUGUAUAUUACAAGUACCUGAAUAAGUAAAAUAUAUUGUGAUCUACACAAGAAUAUCGUAUCGUAAUAUGAUCCGUCACAACAAUUUAGGAGGAACUUACGUUCGGGGAAAAUCUACUCCAAGUAUUAUCAGAUCAUGUAUUGUUUUGUUAUUUUAUGAUGGCAAGAGCAUGAAAGAUAUAAGCGAUGAUGUCAAGCUGAGCGUUGAAGGCGUGAGAAAAAGAUUGAAUUCAUAUUUCGAAACCCAAUUCGAUAUCUGCAAAAUUGCCUCCUGGAAAAGAUCAUUCGGUGAUAACAGACAAUGUUUUGGAACACAUUGAAUGGUACAAAACACAAAAACCAAGUAUAUAUGCGAGGGAAAUAAGAGAUCGCCUGAUUAGAGAGGGAGUUUCUGAUGAAAACCAUGCACCUUCUAACAGUGCAAUUGCUUAUUCGAUAAGAUGGGAGCUAAAUCUAACAAGAAAGCGUUUGGAAGUUAUACCUGUGGAGUCCCUAACACCAGCUGCGAUAGAGAAACAAAACCGAUAUUUUGAAGAGAUUUCGGAAUUUCCUGCACGACACAUACAUUUCAUGGACGAAGCAAGUGUCAUUCGUACGUCUGGAAAUCGGACUUAUGGACAUGCUUAUAUUGGGAAGCCUGCUGUCGAGGUGUGCCGGUAUAGUUCUGACGCUACUUUUACAAUCAAUUUGUUAUGUGGUUUUUUUGGCAUAGAUUACUGUGAUGUUUUGGAAGGUCCGUCCAAUGGUUUAGAACUACUUCAGUUUUUUUCAGAUGCUCUUGAGCAAAGGUACCCAAACGGAAACCCGAUAUUAUCCGCAGGUGAUGCUGUAGUAAUGGACAAUUGCGGCUUUCAUCACGCUCGCCACAUUGAGCCAGUUUUGCGUGAAAUGCUUUUACGACAAGGUGUGACCUUGAUAUUUCAGCCGCCAUACUGUCCUGAACUUAACCCCUGUGAGUAUUGCUUUGCUCAUAUGAGAAAAUCCUUCCGAAAUAAUGAGCGGUUUACUGCUUCUUAUACAGAGUUAGCGAUUGUAAACGCUAUGGAAUUUAUAACAGCGGGUUUUUGCCGAGGAUUUUUCGAAAAAUGUGGUUACGUGUAA